GUUGUGUCUCUUCAAAGAAAUUCUUGACACCUGCGGCCAUGGCGACGUCACUUUGGUUGAUGAGGUCUCCCAGGGCUUUCGGUUGAGUGGGGCCAUACCGGAUUCACAUGUCUUCCGUGCCAAGAGGACCACAGCUUCGAUGUCCACCGAUGAGCUUAAAGCCACCUCGAGUAAAAUGAGGUCGUACAUCUUAAGCACUUGUAAGAGCAGCGACGAUCCCGAACUUGACACUGCCACCUACGACGCCACAAAAGACGAGCUUGAACGAGGCUGGCUGUGGGGCCCUGUCUCCGCAUCUUCUCUACCCGAGGACGCCGUACUUACCAGGAGGUUUGGGAUAUGGCAAUCGUCCGGUGAUCAAAGGAAAUGUAGACCGAUAGAUAAUUAUCGUGAGAGUCUUGUCAACUUGACCACCUCCGCCAACGAGACCAUCAGCAUACACAGUGCAGACACCAUCGCUGCAGGCAUCGCAUUUGACAUGAAGGCUAACCGCGAUGCGGGCAAGUCCCGCAGCCUGCUGAUGAAGGAUGGCGAGCGGCUCAGAGGCCGCCUCAACUUCAUGGAUGGCCAACUGUUCGGCAAGCUUUCCCAGCACGCCUUCCGGGGAUUGACCAGACACGUCCUUGCGGGGGGCGGGAAGCUUGGCUCCUCGACCAGGGCACACUUGCAGUUCCUUAAGGACAGAAUGUUCAAAGGCAGGCCCCGGCGAGUUUCCACAGCCUUACAUGAGACGGUGCACAUUUUCGUGGACGCCUGCCAUGAGCCGGGCUCUACUGAACCAGCUGGGCUCGGAGGCAUCUUGCUUGAUAGCUCUGGGCGUUACCGAGAGUACUACUCCGAGAUGCUUGAUGAAUCGGCCCUUGCAGCCAUCAAUGUUAGGAAGAGCGGGAAUCCCAUCUUCGAGCUUGAGUGCCUGGCCAUCUUGUGCGCCCUCCACUUGUGGCAUUCGCACCUUUCCGGUAAGCACCUUGUUGUUUACACUGACAACAACGGUGCUCUGGGUUCGAUGAUUAAGGGUCACUCAGAAAAUCUUGAAGGCGAUGCCAUCGUGAGGCUAGUCCACACGAUUCUUGAUCUUUCUGAUUGCAUUGUGUGGUUCGAGAGAGUCUGCUCCUCGAGCAACGUUGCGGAUGAACCUUCCCGCGGUGUGCUCCGUCCGUCUUGGGGCGAGAGAAAGAGGUGCGAUCCCUCUGAAGUGUUUGCACUUGCCAUUAAAUAG